UUCAAUAAAAUAAUCCUUAUCAUGUACAUUGAAGAUAUAAAACUUUUUCAUCACCAGGUCCUCAAAUCUCAGAAAUCUGAUAGAUUUUUUUACAUUUAUACUACAGUAACAGAUUUGAGGAUUGUUUGCCAUACCAAUAACAUUGAAAGUUUCUAAUUGCGCAAAAUAAUUGUCAUUCAAAUUGUUAUCCUUAUGUUUUGCAGAUAUCUUAAAAAAUUUCCUAACUACCCCAAAAACUCGAUCCUCGACAAAAAAAAUGUUGAUUUUAAUAAUGCCUCCGUUACUGUUGAGUUCUCUAAAAGUGUUAAGAGCUGCUUUCUAAUAUCCAUUAAGACAAAGAAAUUCCCCUUCUUGUAUACAUCGGUCUUACUAUAGAGUGAUAAGCAGGAGGGACAUUUUAAUUCGACAUCUAAAAUUAAUUCGCAGGAUGGGCAAUAUGGCACUUUUUGAAACCAAUUCGAUUCAAGUGCGACUUCUUUCAUAAGAUUAUGAUAAGACCUAGGAUAAUUGACGUCGGUGGGGACAUGACGGCUGAAGAGUUUCAAAAUAUCUUCGGUACAUCUCUUAGUUAAGUUGUGCUUCUGCUGGAGGCGUAGAAUUCCAUAAAUGCUUUCCUCUUUGGAAAUGUUGCAACAAGGAUGAAGCAGUGGAGCCUAAAAUUAUAAUGACAAAAUUAAGAAUAUUAUUAAGAAGUAAAUAAAUUUUAUUUAUUCAACUGGGACUUAUUAAUUUUUAGAAAUUACUUCAUUAUCGACAUGAACUAAUUCUUCACAGCAAUCACUGGAGGUUUCUAAUGGCGGAGUGAUAUCGUCGUCACUGUCGUCAAUGCUGGAUAAAUCCCACUCCGGCAAUUUAAAUAGUUGCACAGCGUCUAAUACCAGGCAGAAACAUUAAUUUUUGUUAUAUUUUGAAAUUAGUUAUCUUAAUUACUCACUGUCUGAAUUAGGAAGUAAUUCACUGGUUAAGUCACUGAUCUUGGUCUGCUUCUGACUGUCGUUAUCGUCCUCACUGUCACUCAGAAUUUCGUGACGUUUCCGCUUUAAAUUUAAUUGUUGAACCUAAAUAUAUUUGCGAAAAUUAUUUAUAUUUGUAAGUCACAAGAAACUAUAAAAUUGACACUGUACAGGCCAAUCAAACACGUGAUAUUACCUUCACAUUUAAUGUAUGCUGUUUAUUAUAAGAUAACUUCUGCCUUUUAGAUAUUUUCGAAAAAGUAGCUUGAAAAGUAUUCAUCUUGCUAAAUACUUGAUGAUUACUUUUAAACAAAACCAGAUGAAUGAGAAACGGAAUUGAGAUUUUUUAACCGCUGGUUUUAAACUGAGCCGCACUGGCAGAGCACUUCGUCACUGUUUCUUACUAAACCUCUCUGCCCAAGUUUAAUUUAAAUUAAUAAACUUUAAAAACCAAACUUAGCUGUCUUAGCAAGACUUUUAAAUUAACUUAAAGUGGACGAAUAAUGUCGCAUGUUGUCGUGCACUGGGAAAAGGAGAAAUCCUAUUCAUGCGUUAAAUUAAAAAAAGUUAUUAAGGGAGACUGCGGUGUGGACGAUCUGCUUGAUAAGUCUUUCGACGUACAAUGGGGUGGGGACAAAGAGAAGGGGAAGAUAAUUGGAAUAGGUUCACGAAAAGACAUGAAAAUACUGGAAGGAGAAAAGGCACAAGAAGCUGCAGAUAUGUCAUUUUAUGAACAUAAUGGAGAAGAGGGAGUGGAAGAAGGUCCGCCACCGGAAGGACACUCCCAACUUGAUGGUGGGACUGAAAUUUUCGAAGCUGAAGUGCGAAACUCUGAUGAAGGAAAUUUUUCAGCUAGUCUCGUCCUUGCUCCUGGAUCAGGUUCUCGUGAGGUUGAGGUUAAUCACGGACGGCACGACGCGGACGUGAUUCAACUUCAAGAGCGCUUGAUUGAGAAGGACAAAGAAAUUGCAAUGCUCCAGGCAGAGAAUUUGUCGUUGAGAACUACAGUUAAGCAACUAAAACGUCUUAUAAAGAAAACCGGUGUUUCUAACGAGGAAUCCCAAGAUAGAGUCGAAUUGGCCCAUGGAAUAAGUUUGGACAAGUCCCUCGUUGAACUCACCCAGAUAAGCUAUUCCUCUCGUCCGUCACUAUUUUUUAGAAAAUUGCUGUUCGAAGGUGGAUUAUUCCAACUUGAAGAAAUCGCUGGUUCAUCCAUGACUGGUAAAUCCUCGCCACUUUUCCGACAUCUAACCCGGCCAGCAUUGGAUCCAGUACGAUUUGGAGUAUUGAAAGAUUUUACAAUCAAAUCUUGUGGAAUAAAAACCAACACACUGGAGAUGGUUGAGUUUGAGCAAAAACUGAGAAACAUCCCUGGCGAUGCAAGAAAACGACUAGCAGCAGUGAACAAUUCAUAAUAUUAAUGUGCUCAGAAUAUCUAUUACAAUGCUUUCUUUAAACGUUAAUUACGGCUAAAUAAAUUUAAAAUUAAAUGAA